GGAAAAGCAACUGAGGUCUUAACUUUCAGACGCUGAAUUCUCAGCUAAUUGAAAUUACUGGGCACAAGGCUAUAUAUAGCCAAUGAAGAGAUUUUGAGCUCUCACUCAGUGCCUUCAAGACAUGUCGUUUUGUAGUCAGAGAAAACAGAGAUCAAUGCAUUUUCAAACUGACAGAGGGAACGGAUGCUCCUUAGUAGCACAUGCCCAGGAUCGUGUGUGUGGGGCUUGCGCUGUGCUGAGAAGCUGAACACCGGUCCAUAUGCUCCUUAUUUACUGCAAUGUUCUUUGCAUGUUACUGUGCACUCCGGACUAACGUGAAGAAGUAUCGAUAUCAAGAUGAGGAUGCUCCACACGAUCAUUCCUUGCCUCGGCUAACUCAUGAAGUCAGAGGUCCUGAACUCGUGCAUGUAUCCGAAAAGAACCUGUCUCAAAUAGAAAAUGUCCACGGAUAUGUCUUACAGUCUCACAUUUCCCCUCUUAAGGCCAGUCCUGCUCCUAUAAUUGUCAACACAGAUACUUUGGACACGAUUCCUUAUGUCAAUGGGACUGAAAUCGAAUAUGAAUUUGAAGAAAUUACAUUGGAGAGGGGGAAUUCUGGCCUGGGAUUCAGUAUUGCUGGAGGGACAGAUAAUCCUCACAUUGGAGAUGAUCCUGGCAUAUUUAUUACAAAGAUUAUACCGGGAGGCGCGGCGGCAGAGGAUGGCAGGCUCAGGGUCAACGAUUGCAUCUUGCGGGUGAAUGAGGUCGAUGUGUCGGAGGUUUCCCACAGUAAGGCGGUGGAGGCCCUCAAAGAAGCGGGGUCUAUCGUUCGGCUCUAUGUGCGUAGAAGACGACCCAUUCUGGAGACAGUUGUGGAAAUCAAACUAUUCAAAGGGCCUAAAGGUCUAGGCUUCAGCAUCGCGGGAGGUGUGGGGAACCAGCACAUUCCUGGAGACAACAGCAUCUACGUAACAAAAAUCAUAGAUGGCGGAGCUGCACAGAAAGAUGGAAGGCUGCAAGUGGGAGACAGACUGCUAAUGGUGAACAACUACAGUUUAGAAGAAGUGACCCACGAGGAGGCGGUAGCCAUACUGAAGAACACAUCUGACGUAGUUUAUCUAAAAGUUGGCAAACCCACUACUAUCUAUAUGACUGACCCUUACGGCCCACCUGACAUCACUCACUCUUAUUCUCCACCACUGGAAAACCACCUGCUGUCUGGCAACAAUGGUACUUUAGAAUACAAGACCUCCCUGCCACCUAUCUCUCCAGGAAGGUACUCGCCAAUUCCAAAGCACAUGCUCGUUGAAGAUGACUACACCAGGCCUCCGGAACCUGUUUACAGCACUGUGAACAAACUGUGUGAUAAGCCUGCUUCUCCCAGGCACUAUUCCCCUGUUGAGUGUGACAAAAGCUUCCUUCUCUCAGCUCCCUACCCCCACUACCACCUAGGCCUGCUCCCCGACUCUGAGAUGACCAGUCACUCCCAGCACAGCACUGCAACCCGGCAGCCUUCGGUGACUCUCCAGCGCGCCAUCUCUCUGGAAGGGGAGCCGCGCAAGGUGGUCCUGCACAAGGGCUCCACGGGCCUGGGCUUCAACAUUGUGGGUGGAGAAGACGGAGAAGGUAUUUUUGUAUCCUUCAUUCUAGCCGGUGGACCAGCAGACCUGAGCGGGGAGCUGCAGAGAGGAGACCAGAUCCUGUCGGUGAAUGGCAUUGACCUCCGUGGGGCGUCUCAUGAACAGGCAGCUGCUGCAUUAAAGGGGGCUGGACAGACAGUGACCAUCAUAGCCCAAUAUCAACCGGAAGACUACGCUCGAUUUGAGGCCAAAAUCCAUGACCUGCGAGAACAGAUGAUGAACCACAGCAUGAGUUCCGGGUCCGGCUCCCUGCGAACCAAUCAGAAACGCUCCCUCUACGUCAGAGCCAUGUUUGACUACGACAAGAGCAAGGACAGUGGGCUGCCAAGCCAAGGACUUAGUUUUAAGUAUGGAGAUAUUCUGCACGUAAUCAACGCUUCUGACGAUGAGUGGUGGCAGGCGAGGAGAGUCACGCUGGAGGGAGACAGCGAGGAGAUGGGCGUCGUCCCCAGCAAGCGGAGGGUGGAAAGGAAGGAACGUGCACGAUUGAAGACAGUAAAGUUUAACGCAAAACCUGGAGUGAUUGAUUCCAAAGGGUCAUUCAAUGACAAGCGUAAAAAGAGCUUCAUCUUUUCACGAAAAUUCCCAUUCUACAAGAACAAGGAGCAGAGUGAGCAGGAAACCAGUGAUCCUGAACAACACGUUUCUUCUAAUGCCAGCGAUAGCGAAAGUAGCUCCCGGGGGCAAGAAGACCUCAUUCUUUCCUACGAGCCUGUCACAAGACAGGAAAUAACCUACACCCGGCCAGUCAUUAUCCUGGGCCCCAUGAAGGAUCGAAUCAAUGAUGAUUUGAUAUCUGAAUUUCCUGAUAAAUUUGGCUCGUGUGUGCCUCAUACUACGAGGCCAAAGCGUGACUAUGAAGUGGAUGGAAGAGACUAUCACUUCGUCAUUUCCCGAGAACAGAUGGAGAAAGAUAUUCAAGAGCACAAAUUUAUAGAAGCUGGGCAGUACAACGACAACUUAUAUGGAACCAGUGUGCAGUCUGUGAGAUUCGUAGCGGAAAGGGGCAAGCACUGUAUACUAGACGUAUCAGGAAAUGCCAUCAAGCGGCUACAAGUGGCCCAGCUCUACCCCAUUGCCAUCUUCAUAAAGCCCAAGUCUCUGGAGCCUCUGAUGGAGAUGAAUAAGCGUCUGACGGAGGAACAAGCCAAGAAAACUUACGAUCGAGCAAUUAAACUAGAGCAAGAAUUUGGAGAAUAUUUUACAGCUAUUGUCCAAGGAGACACCUUAGAAGAUAUAUACAACCAAUGCAAGCUUGCUAUUGAAGAGCAAUCCGGGCCUUUCAUCUGGAUUCCCUCAAAAGAAAGGUUAUAAUUUAGCUACGGUGCCUCUGACAAUGACAGAAGAGCAUUUAGAAGAACAAAAUAUAUAUAAUACACUACUUGGAGGCUUUUAUGUUUUUGUUGCAUUUAUGUUUUUGCAGUCAAUGUGAAUUCUUAUGAAUGUACAACACAAACUGUGUGAAGCCAUGAAGGAAACGGAGGGGCCACAGGGUGGGACAGAAAAGACUUUGCAGUAUACAGGAAGGCUACGAUUUGCUGAAAGUUCCAGGUGUAGGGAUGAACCUCUGAUGGGCUCUGUGCCCAAGACAUGGGCGAGGUCCUCGCCCCAGCAGAUGUCCAGAGCUGAUUUAGCUGCUGAGCUCUCUGUGUUUUUGCUUUAAAGAAAAGUUGCCAGCACUUGAACCUCACCACUUUCCCAUUACCCACAUCUGUAAUUGGUACACUUUGAAUUUUAUAACUAUGCACAUCCUUUGAUUUCUUAACAAGCAAAGGAACAAAGAAGGAAAAAGCAAAGAGUCCUUUUGGAGACGACAUGCUAUCAGGGAAGGAUAUUGGUGUAGUUGCAUUGACUGGCAUCUUCAAAGACGAGCAUUUCAUAAAAUUCACAAGUGUAUGGAGACUAACCUUACCAAGGAGGGGAUUCUACCUGGGGUUAGCUUCAUGAUCGGUGAUUGUCUAUUUUGCCAUUUAUAGACUGAAAGAAGGCACUAAAGAUGAGAAUAAUUUAUACAAUAAAAAUAUAUUAAAUGUAUAGAAACAAAUUUCUAUAGGUUAAAAAAGUUUUGUGAAAUAUUUUGUAAAGACGAAUUCAUUGAAAGACUGACUGUAUGCACUAUCAGAUGAUCAAAUUUGAGAGCCGAAAGUUGCACUCCCCCUUUGUUGCCAAUGAUCCACUGACAGCGCCUAAAUUCCUUCCGAGUCUGCCACAGACCUCGCCCUCAUGUAGCGCCCGUGGUCCCCUGGCACACUAGUGACACUCUUACGAAGCACAUCCCUUAAUGAGUUGCCCUCAUGGAUAUUUUUGGAAGACAUUUGAUUCUUAUAUUUUUAACCUGACGGCUCUUGAGACACAAAUUCAUGCAAGUGACAUAAAGGAAGCUUUUGUUUUUCUCCAAACAACUUGACCCUACCAUGCAAAUAGGUCACUUUGUUCCUAGUGACUUGCAUAUAAUUCUUAAAGGAUCAUUUAGUAGUCUGGCCAACUGUGAGUCAUUGGGGUCACUGUUUUGUUCCACAGAGUAGAGAGUUUUGUGCUACCCAGAGUUGGAUUGAGAGCCGUGGGAGAACUGUCCAAGAUGUACCAUAUCUUUGAGGAAGAGAGAGAAGCAUCUGGUUGAGGGUGAGGCAUGCAGGCUUUUUGUUUCAGUGUGUAGAGCAAAGAGAGCCAGAAAGACAAUUCAUGGCCGUGAGCUCAGCCACUAGAACCGGCCGCCUCAAGGCUGCACCUGGACCAAGUUUAUUUUUCAACAAUUAUUAUAAUGAUGAUUCUAAAAAGAAACCUCCCAACGCCUAUAAACUGAAACAGAAGCGUUAGUUUCCCACUUUAGAGCUGAUAGUGACAUCAGCAUUGGUUUUGCCCAUGGGGUUGAAGAGAGACUUUUCAGUGAUACUCAUAACCACUCAAUUCUGGGGUUCACGCACACCCAGAUUAAGCCCCAUCGCCUUAUUUUUGGGGUAUCCCAAGACCUGGCAGGCCUUCUGCUACACUGUGCAGCCGCCAGCAGGAGGCUGGGGCAGAAAGACAGACAGAGCCAUCAGGAGUGAUGGGGCUGCUUCACGUUAGAACACUGGAGCCCGAAAAUCAGUCUCUUUCCAAAAACAAGGGUUGUCCAUCUUAUAGCACCAUUGUCUGCAGUCACCAAAACCAAUACAAAAACGCAAAAUUAUUUAUCACCCUCUAGUCCUGAGGCCGCCUCUGCCAUUCUGAUGCAAGGACUAGCAGUGCGUUUUCCCUCCGCGGAAAGCUAAAUUUGCAGAGUCCGUAGAGUGCUCCGAACGCUAAGGAUGUGUCCGCACCUGCAGCUCACCAGGCUCAGGGCAAGCCCAGCUUUCCCCAGCACUGCUCCCAGAAGCUUUCUGCCACCAGAAUGCCACUCCUGAUACCCGCUCUAUUUUUAGGCCACCAUGAUAACUUCUUUGGUUUCUCAACUGAGCAUGCAAUCGUUUUAUUUAGAGGACUGUCACUAAUGAGUAGACGUUUUCUUGGGUCGUGUGAUGUGCUUUUCCAUUUAAUAGUAUUGCCGUGGCUAAGUACAAUCAAAUUGAACCACCAACCCUUGGAUUUGUAGUAAUUCAAUUCUUUAUUUUCCUAGUGUAGAUGCUUCUGGAUUAGAAUUGGCAUUUGCACUGAUUUUUAUGUAUAUUUAUAUAAAUAUAGACAUAUAUAUAUUUGCUUGAAGAAUCACCAAGCAGAUUGGUGAGAGGGUCUUUUCCUAGAGAACACACACCUCCAUUUGUUGUGUAGUCUCGUGCUUCCCAGCAUUGAGGUCUCUAAGGCUCCAGGGAGCUGGUGUAUUUUGCAGCGAAUGUGAUGACUUGCCCGGAAACGGUCCGCAAAUUACCCAGAUUACAUCUGGCGCAAACGUGCUUGGAGCCUGGGGCCAGACUGGUGCUAACACUGCAAACUUUGUCCGGAGCUUUCUCCAAUCUGAAGGCUUGCUGGGGGCGCAAGGUCACCUUCACAUGCUGGGCCCUUUCAGAAAAGUGCCAGAUCGUGUCACUGGUGCUAUUUUUCAUGCUCUGGUACAAUGUGUAGCACCACGGGGGUCACAGCUUUACCAAAAUUAAAACCCAACUUGCCGGCCGAUCGCUGGGGCGCCUGUUCUUUGCUCUCCUCCCAUCGGAUUUGUCAGCCAUUUAUUGCAGGCCUUUUCUUCCAGCCCCAAAUUCUCGGGUUGGCUCUCUUCGCUUGGCAAGUCUGUCUGUACAAAGCUGCGCUCGGUGCCUCUGUGAACUGUCUGAGACCCCACUGCCAGCCCUGCAGGACCCUGGGCCAGAGGACAAAGCUCUCCAGGCCUCUGGCUCUCGCUGAUUUCCCCUUGACUUUCUCCACAACGCUCCCUGUGUCUCUUCCCGUUCCUUUUUCCUGGUUCCCCCCCCCUUUUAUCCUUCCUCUCUUACCGAACUCCUCGAUCUUGCUGCGUGAUCCUUCACACCCUCCCUGUCUCGCUGGCCCUUUGCCUUUCGUUUCUGUCUUGCUGCUCUGCUCUUCCUUUUUCCCCUCCUUUCCUGUCCUACCCUCCCCCUCUGCUCCCACGUGUCAGAGCUCCUCUACCCAACUGCUUCACUGUUUCAUCCUAUAAGGGCUCAUGGCUCACUCAGACAGUACGUCCAUCCUCUGGACUAAUGACACAGUUUCUCGGGGUCACCACUUAUCUGCUCAGCCUAGAAAGGAAAGCUGAGCACAAGGCCCUGGCCUGGACCAGCUCCGGCCCUCCCGGAGCCAGCCUGCACCGCUGCCCUGCAGCGAGGAUGCACGUGCUGGGGCUCUGUGGGCACCCAGGCCCCUUGUCCUCCCUGGGCCCGUAGGAGCCCGCGCCCAACACCGCCCAGCUCCGAGGACACUUCCUUUCAGCACAGGCAGACCCUGACCCGAUGGUGACUCUAAUGGCAAACCUCUUCUCAUUAAAGCCAUGCCAUCACCUUGGUUUGGAGAGAGAUUUUUUUUUCCUUUUUUCCAUUUUCACAUGAAGCCCCUCUCCUUGUUGGCUGGUGACUGCUCUGGUGAGAUUGAAUGGACUUGCUGGUGACAAAUAUCUCUUUUCCUGUCUUGGUCCUGCCUACAAGUCCUGCAAAAUUAUUUAAGGACCCAGACUAGUGUUCCUAAAUUUAUUGUACUAAUUUGUCACUCUUGAGGAGGGGGGAAUUUCCUAAGGAUCAAUUCCCUAGAGCACGUGGAGUACCUCCUGUGACAACUUAUUUUCCAGGAAACUCCCUUCAGAAGUCUGUAGGUAUUCGUUGUGUUUCUGCGUCCACACGGCAUGGAUGGCCUGCGUAUCACGUGUGCGCAGAGUACCCUAGGUGUGAGUGAGUAUGCUUGGACACACACUCCAGUUGUAAAUAGCCUUCCUCACUGAAGUCUGUGCAUCAGAAAUCAUUUCUUGUACAGCUGUGCAGUUUCCUGAAGCAGCUGAAGACAGGGUAAGACAGGCAGACGACUGAGACAAAGAUCAGCUAAAAAUAAAGCACCGUACUGUAUCUCCCUAUCAACUCAUGAGGACAGACAGCCACGUGGUAAGGUCCGCUCCCAACGGGAUGGCAAACUUUUCUUCUCUCCUUUUUGAAUUUGUGUUUCCUAAGUGUGUCUUAACUUCGGAGUGCACCAGAUUGUACCUGUUAGACCCUUUCAAUAUGACGAUUUUGUGCUUCUCUCUGACAGGAUGUCUUCACGAAGCUGCAGUGCAGGCAAGGGGGAGGGGAGUCACCCUGGCCUGGGCUAGAGUUUACAGAGACACUGCACGGCUUGCACUCCUGUUUAGUGUAAAUAUUCAACACUUCCAUUCCAUUUGUGUAAAAAAUAAAGCACACACAAUUAUAAAAUCAAGAUGUAUAUUUCAUACUCAGUGUGUCUGUGAAUAUUUAUUGCGUUUCCUGAUG